AUGGCCGGCGGCAAGAUCCAGAAGAAGCGCCACGGCGGCGGUGGCGGCGGCGGCGGCGCGCGGCUGCAGGGCGGGAUCCCGUUCGAGAAGUCCAAGGGCCAGCACAUCCUGCGGAACCCGGCGCUCGUGGACUCCAUCAUCGCCAAGGCCGGCCUCAAGCCCACCGACACCGUCCUCGAGAUCGGGCCCGGAACGGGAAAUCUCACCAAGCGGCUGCUCGAGUCCGGCGUCAAGGCCGUUGUCGCCGUCGAGCUCGACCCGCGGAUGGUUCUCGAGCUGAGCCGCCGGUUCCAGGGCCACCCCCUCUCCUCACGCCUCAAGGUUAUCCAAGGGGAUGUUCUGAAAUGUGAUCUUCCAUACUUUGAUAUCUGCGUGGCAAACAUCCCGUACCAGAUAUCAUCCCCCCUUACAUUCAAGCUUCUGUCACACCGUCCGAUCUUCAGGUGUGCUGUGAUCAUGUUUCAACGUGAAUUUGCCAUGAGACUUGUAGCACAGCCUGGAGACACUCUGUACUGCCGUCUGUCAGUGAACGUGCAGCUCUUAUCUCGCGUGUCACAUCUGCUGAAGGUUGGGCGGAAUAACUUCAGGCCUCCACCCAAGGUAGAUUCUUCAGUUGUGCGCAUUGAGCCAAGGAAGCCCCUCCCUCCCGUCAGCUUCAAAGAGUGGGAUGGGCUCGUGAGGAUUUGUUUCAAUCGGAAAAACAAAACCCUGGGCUCCCUUUUCAAGCAGAAGCGCGUUCUUGAGUUGCUAGAGAAGAAUUACAAGACAAUGCAAUCUCUCCAACUUGCCCAAGAAUCUGAAAUGGGCGAGGAGAAGAUGUCACCUGAUGAUGUUGCAGUGCUGGCCAAUAUGGUCGAGGACCUGAGCGUGGAGACCAAUGACGAGAAAGAGGACGACGACAUGGAAAUGGAUGACGCUGAUGCGGCAGACGGCCGUGCUAGCUUCAAAGAAAAGAUUAUGGGUAUAUUGCAGCAGGGUGAUUUUGCAGAGAAGAGGUCUUCCAAGCUGAGCCAAGUUGAUUUCCUGUACCUGCUGUCUCUCUUCAACAAAGCAGCUGUAGUAGAGAACUCAAAUAAUUCCAAGGUAAGAUGUUCAAACGGGGUUGUCUAUGCCUGUUAUCCUUGCAUUUGUAUGGUUUGA